AUUGUCUCUCCUUUUAUUUGUCUCCACGAAAAUACUGAUAUUAUAUUCUCUUUUAUCCUAUAUAUUAUACGACUCCAAUGCCAGCUCAACUCCAAGAUAAUCCUCCAUGUCCCUCCGCUCGCUUCUUUCCCGCCUCCUCGCUGUCCUCCUCCCACUUGCGAUAGCAUCCUCCCUGUACCUUUACCUCUACCCCCUCUUCCACGGCUGCGCAUUUCCUCUACCAAAAACCAACAACCAGACCUCAUCUACAACCUCAAACUCCCUCCUAAAUACCAUCCUCCAACAUGUCGCCCCCGAAUCCGCCUCCGACCCGGCUAUCUUCCGCCUCCUCGUCCUCGCAGACCCCCAACUAGAAGGCGACAGCUCCCUCCCAAACCCAAACAAUGAACUCCUCCCUCGCCUCCGCUAUCACUGGGCCAAGAUAACCUCGUCCAUCGAAGAACAAGAACCCGAGUCCGAGUCCGAGUCCGAAUCUCCAGUCUACGAGAAUGUCCUCUCCGCCGUCUUGACCGCGCUCCGCAUCUUUGCGCGCGAAGAUAUCCCCCGCUCCCUUCGUGCCGUGCGGAAGCGGGUCGAUCUGCUCGGUAACGAUUACUACCUCGCGCAUAUAUAUCGCACGCUACACUGGUGGAGUCAUCCCUCGCAUGUUACGGUGCUGGGCGAUUUGAUUGGGAGCCAAUGGGUUACGGAUGAAGAAUUCGAGCGGCGCGGGAGUAGAUUCUGGGAGAGGGUGUUUCGGGGCGGGGAAAGAGUUGAGGAGGAGCUUACUGUCACCGGUGGUGAUAGUAAUGAAAAGACAGGCGAGGUUGUCGCGCCAUUGGAGAUGUUGGGGUCUGCCAAUGAAAAGUCCUCUGCCUGGACGCGCAGGAUCAUGAAUGUUGCGGGCAAUCAUGAUAUUGGGUAUGCCGGGGAUGUGAGUGAGGCACGAAUGGAACGAUUUGAGCGUGUGUUUGGGCGCACAAAUUGGGAUAUCCGGUUUCAGUUACCGCCCAUGGAGCAGGGGGGUUCUGGUGAUGGCAGUGUUUCCUCUGUGGUUACGCCUACGCUGCAUAUCAUCAACCUCAACACUUUGACUUUUGAUACGCCGGCUCUGUCCGAGAAUGUUCAGUCUCGGACUUAUGCUUAUCUGAACGAGUUGAUUUCCAAGCGUAUCCAUCCCGUUGAGGACCGUACGACGUUUACACUACUUCUUACACAUCUUCCUCUGCACAAGGAGGAGGGAAUUUGUACGGACGGUCCUUACUUUACGUAUCAUGAAAAUGAUGACGAGAAAGGCGACACAGACGGCGUCCCUCGCUACAAGGAGGGCGGGUUACGGGAACAAAACCAUCUCAGCGAUUAUCUCAGUGCCAACGGAGUCUUACAGGGCAUCUUUGGGCUGAGUGGCGAUGAAAACGCCGCAGCUGGUGGACGGGGUCGCAACGGACUCAUUCUUACCGGACACGACCACACCGGCUGCGAUGUCGUUCACUUCGUCAACAAAACCGAUCCAUUGAUUGAGAGCAAGGAAGGAGAAGAAGGCGAAGAACCAACCUACGAACAGAUCCAGUCUUGGAAAUGGAAUGCCAGACGGUACGACAAUUCCUACAAUAGCUCGGAUUCAGACACCCCGUCCAUCCGCGAGGUCACUCUGCGUUCCAUGAUGGGCGAAUUCGGCGGCAAUGCAGGGCUGCUUUCACUCUGGUUUGACUCGGACCCGGCAGUCAACGAGUGGAAGUAUGAAAUCACAAUGUGUGCGGCCGGAGUACAGCAUAUCUGACUCUCCUAAACCCCAGCCGAAGUUGGAUCGAGCCGAGAAGGCUGAUUCGGUUGGACAGGAGAAGAGUGGGAGCAAGGAGACAAAGGAUGUGAAAUCAUAGUUGGUGUAUAUCCAGAUACCCGUGACAUAGUAUUUUUCUUGGUUAUGAUUUGAACAUUCCAGUUAUCUUGCCUCCGUAAAGUAUCUUACAGCCUAUCUAUACUCGGUAUUUUGUAUCAAGACUGCCAUUCGGGCUAUUUUGAUACUCUAUUGAAGAGUCGAUCGA